CGGCGUUCAGGCUCAAAAGAACUGGAACCCCGCCCCAGCAAUGUUUGUAUAAUUUUUAAAAAUAAAAAUUUCAAAAAUAAAAAUCCGAAUUCCGAAUCCGAAACUUUGUUUUUUCAUCUAAAAAUGUCUCAAGAAACUAAUGAUAUGGUGUUAAAUAUAAUUAAGAACAUAAAUGACAGUGAUGUGAAGAAUCCUUCUACACAAAACCAAAAUAAAGAGUUUAACAAACCUACAGAAGUUACAGAAACGAAAACAAUUACCACGCGGGGUAAACCAAAAUCAGGUCGAUUUUGGAAAUCUCAAAAAGAAAGAUUUUCUUCUAUAGUUAAAACAAAAGGAAUAAGACCAGAUUUUCAAAGGAAGACUGCUCUACGUAUAGAACUAAAAAGGACAAAAGAGCUAUCUAAACAAAUACAAGAGCAAAUAAAAGAAAAAGAACAGAAUAGAAAGGAACGUCGGCGCGAGAAUUUGAAACGCACAGAAGAAAAUAAGAAAAAGUCUGAAAUUGUUCAAGUUAUAACAAACACUGCAAAACUAAAGAGAAUGAAGAAGAAACAGUUAAGAUUUAUUGAGAAAAGAGACACUAAUAAGGAACCAAAAUCAGUGAAAUGAUACAAAAUAUAACUUGUUACAUUUUAAAUAAAUUAUGAUUGAAUAUAUUCUAUUAUUUGUCUAAAUUUAAGACAAAACUA